AAAGGCCGGUCCGGAGCAGGAGUCUGCGCGGCGCAGAGAUGCAGCGGAGCGUCGGGAAGACGCCGGAGACCCCGGGCACCGUGCAUCUGUCGCCGGAUCGCUGCCUGGCCGUCCUCCUCUCGCUCGCAGCUCUGGCCGCGCUCCUGACUCUGCCGCCCGCCUCUCUCCUGCUGCAGCCACCGGGACCCCAGCUCUCGCCCCUGCCCGCAGCUGCCACGCGUCUGCUACGCCCCGUCGCCCGGGGACUCGCCUCUCUGUCCGUGUCGCUACACCUGUGCUGUCUGCUCCUCGCUUUGCUGCACGGGCACCUGGCGGCCGACGGACAACCGGACAGGGCCGGUUGGCUUCUCCUGAAUAGCCGAUGUUCUCGACAGCUGGCUCUCUCUGCAUUCUGUCUGGGUGUCACUGCAUAUUUAGCAGCCCUCUGCAUCCACACACUGCUGGAGUUUGAGAAGGAGAGUGCAAUCGCGAGUGCCAGUAUCCUUGGCGCAGGAGUACUGGGAAUUGGUAUUAUCAUCAUCCAGGCACUGGUGAAGGCCUGUCGAGGGGGCAGGAAAGGGUAUCCAGAGCCAGCUGCCACUCUGUUUGAGAAUAGCUGCCCCUCGGGAGGCAGGUACCUGGAGCCCGAGCGCCUGGACCAUGUAGAGGAAGAGGGGUCAUCACACGUGCCUGCCUUCCACAGGGAGACAGCCUACGAGCGUUACCGGGAGAAAAAAGCCUUCUAUGUAGCCACCUCUGCCAGCAGGGAUGGGUAUGGGCACUCGCGGGCACAGCCAGCUGCACGCGGUCUGCCGCCUGCUGAACCCUGGGAUGGAGUCACCCACGAAAUGAGGCGAGUGUUGUCCCGUAAGGGAACGGUGUGCAGGAGGGACUCAACGCUGGUCUGAGCCCUGCCUUGCCAGCACAGGUCACGCUGGAGGGAACGUCAGCAUCGAUAUGCCCGACUGGAGUAUCAUACUGUGAACCCUCUCCAUAUUAAUCACUGACUCUUCAACCCUCCAACAUGGGCAAUGACUUUACCCACAAGCCCACAACCUGCCAACCAUAACACACAACCUCUCUGAGUAGAGCAGAGUGUAUCAGGGCUGGAUUACAAUCAGGCAUGAUCAGGUUCGGGGGAAGGAAGACCAGGCCAAUGACAGGAAAAUUAAAGUAACAACAUCUAACAGUGUUUUCUACCAUUAAGAAUGAGUUCAGAGAUUAAAACCGUUCUUUUAUUAGCUGUAGAAUUUGUGUGCCUUUAACACAAAUCUCAUUAAAAGUUAUUUACAAACUUGUCCUAAAACUGAGUGCAAUCAUUCGCUAUUAUGUCAAUGAUGAAUUUUCUAGGGACGAUGAAUUGGGAAUUACUUUACCCACUCCCCUGCCCGAUCCCCAGGAUGGCAGGACCAUCCCACAUUGCACCUGCAGCACCACUGACACCGCCAGCCUAUCCUUCAUCGCAGCAAGGACAAACUCACCAGAUACAGAAGAACACCACAACCACCAGCUGGUACCACCCCCCUUCAAGUUAUGGACCACCCUAACCUGGAGAUAGUAUCACCUGCUCUUCAUCACGCCCAGGUCUAAGUCUCGGAACUCCCCACAAUAGCACUGUAUUCUCGACAACAACCAGGGAUGUGCAAUAAAUCAUAAACACAGGCAGGAGAUUCUGCAGAUGCUGGAAAUCCGGAGCAACACAUACAAAAUGCUGGAGGAAGUCAGCAGUCAGGCAGUGUCCAUCAAAAUGAAUAAACAGCUGACGUUUCAGGCUGAGAUCCCCUUCCUUUCCAGUCCGAAGACGGGUUUUGGCCUGAAACAUCGUUUAUUCACUUGGGUGGAUGCUACCUGACGUGCUGAGUUCCUCCAGUACUUUGUGUUGAUGUGUAAUAAAUACUGGCCUUGCACAGAUCCCGAAAAGGACAAAACUGUGUCCUUUUCUUCGUUUACCACCAGAAGAUGUAAAGAUCAACUUAAUUUGUCACAUGUACAUCGACACAGUGAAAUGGGUUGUUUUACACCAAAACAAAUCAGCAAGGAUUGUGCUGGGGGCAGCCCACAAGUGUCACCACACUUCCGAUGUCACACAGCAUGACCACAACUUACUCAAACUAACUCGUAUGUCUUUAGAAUGAGGGAGGAAACCCGAUCACCCAGAGAAAACCCAUGUGGUCAUGGAGAGAACAUACAAACUCCUACAGACAGCGGCAAAAAUCAGAAUCGACUAUUCGCUGGCACUGUUAACUGUUAUGGCAUUGGCUAUACUACUGUGCCGCCCUUAAUUUUUGCAGACAAUUCUGGGGCACAACAAGAUCAGUGUUUGUGAUUCCCCAAAUGUCCCAGGGUCUUGGGCUACCAAACCCCAGAGGGAGAGUUCAAAUGACAGUGUCCAUUGUGCACUUAUCAGUGUCUCUCACCUCCAGCCACUUCCUUGCUGCUAGCCCCCUCUUGCCCCCAGCCCCCCACCCCCUUUCUCACUUCCGAUACUGGUCCCUUGGUGCGUCCAAUUCUUGAAUUAAACUCACUCUGCCUCGUGACCAAGUUGAUUCCCCCACACAACAAGUGAGGGACAACUGAACAUAGGAGUGGCAUGGCAGCGUAAUGGUUAGUGUUAUGCUAGAACAGUGCCAGCGAUCUGAGUUUAAUUCUCACGCUCUCUGUAAAAUUCUCCCCGUUUCUGCGUGGGUUUCUUCCAUGUGCUCCGGUUUCCUCUCACAUUCCAAAGGUGUAAGGGUAAGUAGGUUCAUUGAUCAUAUGGGUGUAAUUGGGCGGUGCGGGCUCGUUGGGCCAGACAGGCCUGAGACCGUGCUGUAUCUCUAAAUAAAUGCAAGCCUGUCAGAGGGGCAAUAGUGAGUGAAAAUGCAACACUUGGCAUUUGUACAGAUCUUCCAAUCUCAAGUUAAACUUCAUUUGGUCCUUUCAUUUGGCUAAGGAGGAGGGACAAGAACCUGGAGACACACACUCAAUGUUUUAGGAACACCUUUUUCCCCUCCGCCAGCAGAUUUCUGAAUGAACAAUGAACCUGUGGACAUUACCCAAUAAUGUUGCUCUUCUAACUGGAGAAGUGCCACAGGGAUCAGUGCUGGGUCCGCGGUUCUUUGUCACCGACCUGGAUGAUAAUGUGGUUAACAGGAUCACACCAAGACUGGGAGUGUAGAGGAUGGCGAGGAAGACUAUCAUGACUUGCAAUGGGAUCUGGACCAGUUGGAAAAAUGGGCUGAAAAACGGCAGAUGGAAUUUAAUGCAGACAAGUGUGAGGUGUUGCACUUCAAUUGGACAGCCAAGGUAGUUCUUACACUGUGAAUGGCAGGGCACUGAGGAAUGUGGUAAAACAAAAGCUCCUGGGACAACAGGUCCAUAAUUCAUUGAAAGUGGCAUCACAGAUACAAAGGGGUGUUAAGAAAGCUUUUGGCACAUUGGCAUUCAUGAAUCAAAGUAUCGAGUACAGGAGAUGGGAUGUUAUGUUGAAGUUGUAUUAAGACAUUGGUGAGGGCUAAUUUGUGUGCAGUUUUGGUCACCUACCUGCAGGAAAGAUGUAAAUAACGUUAAAAGUAUAAAGAGAAAAUUUACAAGGAGGUUGCCAGGUCUUGAGGACAUGACUUAUAACGAAAAAUAGGUUAGGACUUUAUUCCUUGGAAUGUAGAAGAUUGAGAGGAGAUUUGAUAGAGGUAUACUAAAUUAUAAGGGGUGCAGAAAAGGUGAAUGCAAGCAGGCUUUUUCCACUGAGGUUGGGUGGGACUACAACCAGAGGUCAUGGGUUAAGGUUGAAAGGUUAAAAGUUUAAGGGGGAACAUGAGGGAAAACUUUUUCCACACAGAGGGUUGUGAGAGUGUGGAACGAACUGUCAGCACAAGUGGUGCAUGCAAGCUCAAUUUCAACAUUAAGAGAAGUUUGGGUAGGUAUGUGGAUGGUAGGAAUAUGGAGAGCUAUGGUCCUGAUGCACGUUGAUGGGAGUAGGCAGUUUAAAUGGUUUGGCACUGACUAGAUGUGCCAAAGGGCUAGUUUCUCUGUUGUAUUUUUCUAUGACUCUAUCUCACUUGUUUCUGCACUUUUUAUGCAUUAAUUAUUUUAUAUAUACUUAUUGUAAUUUAUAGUUUUAUAUUAUUUUGUAUUGCAUUGUACUGCUGCCGCAUACACAAAUUUCAUGACCUAUGACAGUGAUAUUAACCGUGAUUCUGAUUUUAAUAGUGCCUAUAAUCAAAUAGCCAGUCAUUUAGAGGCUCCUCUAAGUCCACAGAAGUCAUAUUCUCAAAGUUCAUACUUGGAUAGAAAAUAUAGCUGUACAGCAUUCCAAUGAACUAGCCCCACAGUAAUUUAAACUAAGUUAAAGGUUGUUCAGGUUAGGCAGUGAGGGGGAGAGGAAGCAUUCAUCAAGAUUAAAAAAUGGGCAAAGCCCUCCCCAACACUGAGCACAUCUACACAGAGUGUUGUCUCACAGGAAAUCAGCAUCCAUCGUCAAAGACCCAACCACCCAGGCCAUGCUCUCUUCUCACUUUUGCCAUCAGGAAGGAGGUAUAGGAGCCUCAGGAUCCUCGCCACUAGGGUCAUGAACAGUUAUUGCCCUUCAGUCAUCAGGCUUCUGAACCAGAGGGGAUAACUUCACUCACCCCAACACUGAACUGUUCCCACAACCU